AUGAAAAGUAUUUUGAGUAUUUUAUUGUUAUCCUCGAUUGCUCUGUGCAGCGUUAACGCCGAUCCAUGGACCUACCCUUUGGAGAACCUCUGGCCCACUACUUAUCCCAAGUGUGGAGGACUUUACCAAUCGCCGAUUGAUGUAGUUGUAGAUGAGGUGGUCACAGUUGUAUUUGACGCAUUGGUGUUUGAAAAUACCGCACUACUAUAUCUAAUAGAACUCCACAAUAAUGGCCGUUAUGUAACUGGCCAUUUGGUGGGACCACUGUCUAGACCCGCAGUGCGCAUUGGAAGUGGCCCACGAUACAAAUUCGACCAUUUCCGCUUCCAUUGGCGUUUUAAUGGCGCUCCAUCAUCGGAGAACUUCAUUAAUGGACACCACUAUGAUGGUGAAUUCCAUUAUGUGUUCAUCAACGAAAACUAUUUGGACUUCGAUGAGGCCAGCAAUCAUCCUGAUGGGCUGUUAAUUAUUAGUGUUUUAUGCAUUAUAGACGACUCCAUCGAUGCAUCGUUAUUGACAUCACUCGUGUCGGCAGUCGAAGCAAUUGUGGGCUUUGACACUUAUGCAUAUGCUGUUGAUGUUCCACUCUUGGAUUUCAUUUUGGAUCUAUUGUCACCCGAUUCUAGCCAUGCGUACUUUAAAUAUAGGGGUUCCUUGACAACACCACCAUGCUCGGAUGCCGAUAUUAUUCUUUUGAAAAAUCCAAAACAUAUUAGUAGAUUGGAGUAUGAGUUAUUCCUACCUUUGCAGGAUGAAAAUCACUCACCGAUUUAUACAAAUCCCCAUCCCACCUUGGCCCUCUCCUUACUGGUGCAUUAUGAGAAUUCAUAA